GGCGGGGCAGCGCUCCCGGUGGGGGCGCGGCGGCUCCUCCGCUCCUCGGCCUGGGCCCGGGCGGGGGUUAUGGGCACAGCGGGAGCCGGUGGUGCUGCCGCUGCUCUCCGGCUGCCCGGGCUGCAUGGCUACGCGGUGGAGUUCUCGCCCUACUGGCCCGGGCGUGUGGCCUGCGCCGCCGCGCAGUACUACGGGAUCGCAGGUUGUGGGACUCUAGCAGUGCUGGAACAAAAUGAAGCUGGGAUUGUUCUGCUCAGGAGUUUUGACUGGAAUGAUGGCCUGUUUGAUGUGACCUGGAGUGAGAAUAAUGAACACGUGUUGAUCACUUCUAGUGGAGAUGGAUCUCUGCAAAUCUGGGAUACAGCUAAAACCAAAGGUCCACUGCAAGUCUACAAAGAGCACACACAGGAGGCAUAUAGUGUUGACUGGAGCCAAACCAGAGGAGAGCAGCUAGUGGUGUCUGGUUCAUGGGAUCAAACAGCCAAGCUGUGGGAUCCAGCUGUGGGGAAGUCAUUACGCACUUUCAAAGGCCACGAAGGGGUCAUUUACAGCACUAUAUGGUCUCCACACAUCCCAGGUUGUUUUGCAUCUGCCUCAGGUGACCAGACUUUGAGAGUUUGGGAUGUGAAAGCUCCAGGAGCCAAACUGGUGAUACCAGCCCACCAGGCUGAGAUAUUGAGCUGUGACUGGUGCAAAUAUGAUGAGAACUUGCUGGUGACUGGUGCUGUUGACUGCAGCUUGAAGGGCUGGGAUUUGCGGAACAUCCGGCAACCAGUGUUCAUCUUGCUGGGUCAUACCUAUGCUAUCAGAAGAGUGAAAUUUUCACCAUUCCAUGCAAACUUAUUGGCCUCUUGCUCCUAUGAUUUUACUGUGAGAUUCUGGGACUUCUCCAAUCCUAAUCCUUUGCUGGAAACAGUCGAGCAUCAUACUGAAUUUACAUGUGGACUUGAUUUAAGUCUUCACAACCGUGGUCAGGUGGUGGACUGCGCUUGGGAUGAACUAAUAAAGAUCUAUACUCCAUCAUGUCUGGCAGUCCCUGUCUAGAGAAAAAAUGAAGAUCUGACACACCAGGAACCUUCCUGUCUCCCCCCACAACCAGACUUGUACUUAAAUGUCAACUGUGUCACUAAUCUUAGUGUCUCUUUCUAAGUAAAACUCUGAAUGGGUUUUUUUAUGCACUUAAGCAUGUGGAAAUUUUAGGUCUUGAUUUACUGUAUGGUAGCACUUGAGCCAGCAAAAUGUUCAGCAGCUACUGAAUGGCUGAGGAGUGGCUGUAGGAGUUUGGAGCUGGUGUCUUCGGAGUAGAAUCACCAACACUAUUUUAUCAUCUGUCUGGAUAAUGAUGAGAGCAGAGGCCUGAAUCUUCUUGAUCCUUAUAAAAAGUAAAAGUAACUGGCAGUGCAUUUUGAGAUAAUGUCACUGUAGAAAAGGAAAAAAAAAAAGCUUUUCACUGUGAAGUACUGUAAUGUCGACUGAGGUUUGUGUCACUCAGCUGCACUUAUAUUUAUAUGUUUUGCUGUGACUCAAGUUGGAUAGUUUUCCUGUGCAAUAUGACAAAUACUCUUGAUAGACAGUAAAUGUCAUAGUUUAUAGCCAGCUGAUUUCUUUGAUCUUUUGAUUGCCACUUCACAAAGAUGACAAAGAUUAUUUUCAUACAUCUUUUCCAUUAGAUCUCCUUGAGUAAAACAGUUUAUGAAGUCAUGCAGAAAGAUACUCUAAUGAUAGGGAAAACACUUAAGAAAAAAUGAAACAUAUACAAUAUUAAUUGGAUCCCAAUCUUCAAGAUUUAGAGAUAGGACAUCCAUCUUUUCUACUAGGCUUGUCUUCUUCUUUCACUCAGAAAGUUUUCCCAAGAGAUAGAAGAGGAAUGUGGCCAUAUAUUCAGUGGUUUUGGGCCUCUGACAGCCUGUCCAAAACGAGAGUUGAUGUCCAGACUAGUUGCAGCACCAGAGCAACCAUUCAAGUGAAUUAACUGCUUGACACAGCCUUAGGAGAUCCAGUGUCUCCAAGCCAUUAUAUUUCCAAAAAUAUGCUCAAUAUGUCAUAGGUAUGCUGAGUACUUUCAACUUGAAUAGUUAUUCCACUCUCCUGUUUUAUCUCCCUUUUCUGCUUAGACUGCAAGUUACAUUUAGGUGGUGGGUAUGUAUUUUAGAUGCAUGUUUCUGGAGGGAGGGAGGAUAUUCCAGAAUGCUUCUGUAACCUGUCAGCUGGAAGAGCAAAUUUUGAAAACCUAGCACGGAGAGGGGGAAAUUAAAAAAUAAUUCUGAACAUGCCCACUAAAGACAUGGAUUAAACCUUUUUUUAACUGCCUUUUCUCCCCUCAUGUCCCUGGGUAGCAUCAGUGCUGAGGGCUGCUGUGUCCAGACUUAAUUUUCUUGAAAAAAUGAGUGCAUCCAGAAAAUGUACAUAGUAAAUAAGAAGUGUGGCCUUUAAUCUUCCUAUGUGAUCUUCGAAUGAAGAGAAUGUGCUGUAGCAUUUCUGCACUGUAACAGAAAAUACAGUCUGGCAAUAGUCAAUAUUGAUAUUUAAUUCUCAGGGAAUGUUUGCUGUAAUUGUUUUAAAGAAAUACUUUUUAUGACCAUAAUGCUAUCUUCUGAUCUUUUAAUUUCAUUUACUGAAACAGGUAGUCAGUGACAACAAUCUUAAAGAUCUGAUAUGUUCUACUUUUAAACUUGCUCCUGUGGAAGAUUUUGUUUCAUGGUAACCCAUAGGUUUCUCCUUGGUUCAAGAAACAUAGUGAUUUACCAUGUUCCAAAGGAGUGGGUUUGCUGGUCUACAAUGUUAUUAAAUUAAUUGUACACCAUGUCUUUGGCUACACUCUUAUAUUCGCUUCCCCAAUUUAGAAACCUUGAUCAAAAAGUGAAUGCAGUGAAAGAUCCUGAGAGUAUCUUUUAAGUAAAAAGUAUCAUAAUCACGGGGUUUUUGUCUUUUAUGGAUGACAUUCUCAUUUUUCCUCUGAACUCUUAUGCAGCUUUGCCUAUAUGUCAGACUACAUGUCAGUAAUGAAGUGAUCUCUUUCUUCCAGCCAAAGUACACAGUACAAGUUUUGCUGCAUAGGCACGGCUGUACUAAGCCUUUCAGUGGUACUGCUCAGUUUUGAAUGUGCUGAGGGUCAUGUGAUGGGGAGUGGAUACAGCUCUGCAUGCUUUCCUUUGUAUGCUUCAUGGCUGCAUUAGACCCUAAUCAAAACAAACUGUUCAUUAAACAUUUUAGAUAGAUCUUUGCCAUUUUAAUCCCAGAAACCAUUAAACAAAAUUUAAACUCUUAGCAAUUUGACACCAACUUGCUCCAUUUUUUUCUCUCACUCAUGUCAUUGCACCUAGGUGAAAUGCAUACUGAGCAUAAAUUGCAUUAAAGGACUACAGUAGCCGAGGUAUCAUAAUAAACUCUUUAAUGUAAUGAACCAUAGAGCUAUUGUUUACUAGGAUCUGUGCCCCACCACUAGGUCAAAACUUUUUAACAGGGUCCACUUACAAACUGAGCAUCCACUGCUGUAUUUGGACACAAGAGCAGCCUGUGUGAGGGAAGUACCUUCACUGCUGUGUUACCUCAAAUGCUUUCUAUCUAUUGCUUUAUCCAGUUCCUUCCCUGAGAUGCAGAAGAAUUCAUCUUUCUGAGUGUGGAGUGGUGAAGAGGCAGUACUGGGCCUGGCCUGAAUCCAUGUUGAGAAGAAAGUUGGUUUGGCAAGGGACAGCACAUUCCACUUUGUUCCCCCUUGCUGUGUAUAGACAAGGCUAAAAUUAGGAGUACCAUUAGAGAUGUUGCAAGGGAAGCUGGCUUGGCAACACAGCUGAGUUCCAAGGGAUAGGAUAUGGUACCUGGGACAUGGACUCUUCAGUUCUCAAAUGUCAUAUUAGUGCAGCCUCACCUUGAGUACUGUGUGCAGUCCUGAAGGACCAUUUAAGAAGGACAUGAAGGUAGUUGAAUGUGUCUGGAGGAGUGCAACAAAGCUAGUGAAAGGGCUGGAAAGUAUGUCCUGUGAGGAGGAGCUAAGAACUAUGGUGUGUCUCAUUUGGAGAAAAGGAGUCUGAGAUAGGAAUGAUGAAUGCAAAUGAACCUCAUAGUUCCCUACAGCUUCCUGAGGAGGGGAAGCAGAGGGUGAGGUGUUGAGCUCUUUUUCCUGGUAGACCUAGUGAUGGAACAUAUGGGAAUGGCUCAAAACUUGCACCAGGGGAGGUUUAGCCUAGACAUUAGGAAGUAUUGAUUUCCAAAAGGGUAGUCCCACACUGAAACAGGCUUACUAAAGUGAUGGUCCAUGCCCCAAGCCUGUCAGUGUUUUAAGGGGCAUUUGGAAAAAACCCUGAACAACGUGCCUGGAAGUGGUCAGGCAGUUGGACUAGAUGAUCCUUAUAGUGGCCUUCCAGUAACUGAAGGGGCUACAGGAAAGCUGGGAAGGGACUAUUUACAAGGGCACGUAGUGAUGGGGCAGGGAGGAAUGGCUUAAAACUAGAAGAGGAGAGAUUUGGAUUGGAUGUUGGGAGGAAGUUCUUCACUGUGAGGGGGGUAAGACAUUGGAACAGGCUGCCCAAAGAGGCUGUGGGUGCCCACUGCCUGGAAGUGUUCAAGGCCAGGUUGUAUGGAGCCUUCCUAUGCAGGGGUGUUGGAACUAGAUCUUUAAGGUCACUCCCAAACCAAACCAUUCUAUGAUUGUAUGAUCCAACUGAAGUAGUCUAUUCUAUUGAAAUUUUUAUCCUUCUGAUAGGCUUGUUUUUCUUUUUCAGUUGGUAAAUUACUUAGCCCCCAAUGCAGAACUUUCAGCCUGAAAAUUUCCCCUGCAAUGUCAGAGACUCACUUCUCUAGUGAUAAUUUCGCUGGCUAGGAGACAAAAUUAUUUCUUCCAGAGGUUACGGUUAGGUGGAAUCCUAAUUACUACAGUAUUUCCAGAAAGCACAGUUAGAUUUUUUUUUACAUCUGCACUGACUUGGCAGAAGGAGCUUUUUUUACUUCCAUGUGCAAACGCCAUCACCGUGAUCCACGCAUUCUGUUGAAUUGUGCUGUGUGGACUUGGGAUGAGCCCAAGUGGGGGCUGGUAUAAAUGUAUUGGCACAGUUCUGCAGUAGGCUUUGAAGCCAAGCUUGGUCUCCAGAAAGCUUAAUGAGUUUCAGCCUUUAAACACCUCAGUAUUUCCAGCCACUUAACUGUGAGUUUACAUUUUGUGCUGCAGUGCAGCUGCUGAAGGCCCCCAAGGUGGAGCACCCCAUGACACCAAGGAGGUCAGCACAAGUGAGAUGUUAUUUUGCCCGAAGACUUCUGGGUUUUAGUCCAUACUUUCUUCCCACCCUGAAUUAGCAAAGGUUAAGCUUUGAAGUAUUCUGAUUGGCUCUUGUGACUGAGACAGAUGGGUAUUACUUUGACCUUUUAAAAUGUGGCAUACACACAAAAGUCUUGGGGUUGUUUUUCAGUGUUUUAAUAUUUCAAUCAGUUGAGUUUUUGAUCAAUUAAAAGGUAAGUACUCAAAUAUUAUUAAAACUGAAGAUUUACAUGUUAAAAGAAGGGGAAAAUAGAACUGCCUUGGUAAGAAAAAGCGGGAGAAUAAAAUGGAAAAUUAACUAUUGUGGAAAAUAACUAGGGAGCACUUAGAGUCAAAAGGGGAAAAGCCAAUUUAAAAUUGUAAACAUCAGGAGAAUCCUCCCAUAGGUUCUGUAAUGAUGUAAAAGAGAAGGAGUGAUGAAGGAAUAGAGAGUUUUGGGUCUCGUGAGUGUUACAGUGGUCAUCACAAGGUCAGUCUUGUUUUUGCACUAAUGUCAGGAUCUGUAAUGGGAAUGGAUAAA